AUGGUAAAUAGAGUUAUUACAAUUUCAAGGCGGUAUGCCGUGUCACUUUUGGCAGUUGGGAAGAAAAGCGUACCUUUAGCAGUGUUUGUGAUAUACAUUGGAUUUGUGACUUUUGCAUUAUUUAAUUAUCGAAGUCACUGUUUAUUUACUGAGCCAACUACACUUAUUAAAUACCACUUACUUGAACAAGAAGAGGCAGAUAAAUUGUGUAGAAUUCCUUGGGAUUCUCUAGGAGUUGAAGAUGUUGACAUUUUUCAUGAUCAUGAUUUAACCUCAAUAAAACAUCAGAACCCACUUGUACAGAAAGGAGGGGUGGGGAAGCCAGAGGGAUGCUUAUCAUACCAGAAAGUGGCCAUUAUUGUUCCAUACAGAAACAGAUAUUUUCAUUUAAAGUUAUUGCUCUCUAGACUUCAUCCCAUGCUGAGGAAGCAGAAAAUUCAUUAUAAAAUAUUUGUCAUAGAACAGGCUACAAAUGACAGUUUUAACAGAGGGAAGCUGAUGAAUGUAGGAUUUAAAGAGGCACUUAAGGAGGAGCAGUAUGAUUGCUUUGUCUUCCAUGAUGUAGACAUGAUUCCUGAAAAUAAUAAAAACCUAUACAUUUGUGACGAUCAUGCCAGACAUUUAUCAUCUGCCAUUGAUGAAAUGCGAUAUCAUGUGAUGUACUAUAAUUAUGCUGGAGGUGUUAUUGCCAUGAAGAAGGAUGUUUUUAAAGUCAUCAAUGGCUAUGCCAAUUCUUACUGGGGAUGGGGAAAUGAAGAUGAUGACCUCUCAGCAAGAAUACAAGAAGCAGGAUAUUUAUUAACAAGACCUCCAGAACAUAUAGGAAGAUAUAAAAUGGUGCGGCACAAAAAGGAAUCUAGAUCAGAAAAUGGAUAUGAGCGUUUUCUGGGUUGGAGAGGCAGAUGGCUACAAGACGGGCUCCACAGCCCUAAAACGAUGACGUACAAAGUACUCAGUAAAUCCCAGGAGCCUCUGUACACCAACAUCACCGUCAAUCUCCUGUACGAUAAAAACAAAGAGAUCAAUGUCGCAGAGGACACAACGAAGGAGUCACUGUGGUGUUUUAAACAUCCGCACACUUACUUCUUUAACCAGAUCAUCAAGUUUGUGAGAAUCGAUCAAUCACGUUCUGAUUCAUUGUCUCUAAUUUACUGA